ACUUCACACACUGUUUAAGAGCAAGCCAGGAAGCAGGAAUUGCUCUUGCUUAUUACUUGCAUCUGCUCUGCCUCUGCGCACUCUUAAACUCCCAUAACAAAGCCAACUUCUGCCACUUUAUGCAUUACUCCACCUUGUAAAAUGCGUGCGACUUGAGUUAGUCAGUCAAGCUAAGGAGGAGAGCUUCCGUCCAAAGUUUCAGACUCUAGGACAUUAUGAGAUGUAUGAUAUGAACACGUAUACGAAACGUGUCAAAUCCAGUGGACUGAAAUACUGGACUCAAGCCAAAACCAAGUCAAUAGUUGUGAUUGGAUCAAAAUCCAGACUUUUCUGGUAAAGUUCGCAGGGUCCAGACACAGCAUUAGUUAAGAGUCAUCAGAAUAUCCAGAUUCUCAAAAAAGCAAUUAUGAGUUAUCUUUGCUAUCCGCAAGGGAAUAAUGCAAGGAAUAAUAAUCAAGACCAUGAGCGUCAAAUUACCGAGAAUGGUCGAGUUGAUGCACUGAAUCAAGGAACAACGACAUUUGUUUGCUCAGCACUUGUAUUGGUGUGCGUGUUCUCGGUAUUACUGGAUCCCUUGUUCUUUUACCUUCCUGUAAUCAAUGAAUCAAAGAAGUGCAUUGGGUUAGACAAAAAGUUGUGGACCACAGCUCUGGUUUUGCGAUCUGUCACUGAUUUCUUUCACUUAAUGCAUAUUUGUUUCCGAAUUCGCACUCGUUAUAAACAUGAGGAACCACUUUCAAAAAGAGAAAAAGAAGAGGAACCUACCAAAACUUGUAAAGAAGCUUGGAGGCGUUUUUGGCCGUACUUCCUAUUCCUAAUCGACAUUCUGGUUAUUCUUCCCGUCCCACAGGUGGGACUUCCCAUUAUCUUAUCAGAAAUGAGAAGCAAGAAGAGAUCUUCAAAUAAAGUAAAAUUCUUGAACUCUGUUCUUCUCUUUCAAUAUGGACCUAGAAUUCUUCAAAUCUAUCUGUCCUGGAAGAAGUUGAUAAGAAGUGCCGAGCGUGUUGAUAGAACACUAUGGGUCAAAGCUAUAUUGAAUUUCUUUCUAUACAUCCUUGCUGGUCAUGUAUUGGGAGCCUUUUGGUAUUUUUUCUCCUCUCAACGAUUGGCAGCUUGCUGGCACAUAGCGUGUAAAAAUCAUAGUGGAUGUGUUCAUAGUUCUUUUAACUGUGACCACAGCUUUGGAAAUCUCUCUUAUAAAAAUCUCUCUUUUAUAAGUGAUAUAUGUCCUAUAAACCCACCAAACUCAACGACCUUUGAUUUUGGAAUAUUUGGUGAAUCCCUUCAGUCUGGUACCUUAGAAUCUGAAGAUUUUCCACAAAAAUUAUUUUUUAGUUUCUGGUGGGGCAUGCGAAAUCUAUGUUCUUUUGGGUCAAAUCUCCAAACAAGUGACUAUAUAUGGGAAAACUGCUUUUCACUUAGCAUUGCCAUCUUUGGCUUGUUACUAUUUAUAUAUUUCUUGGGAAAUUUGCAGAUGUACAUGCAGCGAAGAGCUUCAAAAUCAAUUAAAAAAUAUGAAGAGAAGAAAGGACACAAGGUGGGGGGAAAUUAUGAAGAAGAGAAGAAAGCACUUGAGGAGAUGAUCAGAAAAUGUGAAGAAGAAAAGAAAGCACUCGAGGAGAUGAUCAGAAAACGUGAAGAAGAGAAGAAAGCACUCGAGGAGAUGCAUGAAGAAGAGAAGAAAGCACUCGAGGAGAUGAUCAGAAAACGUGAAGAAGAGAAGAAAGCACUCGAGGAGACGAAAGUUGUGAAAUCAAGUAAACGAAGGAAAAGACAAGAAGCAAACAUUGAAUUGUGGCUUUCCAAGGAAAAGGUCCCUACAGCAAUGAAAAGCCGUAUAAUUGAGUUCAUACAUAACAGAUUUGACGAAGACGAAGAUGUUAAUGUGGAGAACCUGAUCCCUGAUCUUCCUUUGAAACUUCAAAGCGAUGUCAAGCGCCAUAUCUGCUUAAAUCUGCUAAAGAAUCUCAAUGUCAUAAAAAAGAAUGACUUGACUAAGCAUCAACAACUUUUGCUUAACAUCUGCAACUCACUCAAGCCAAUGUUCUACAACGAGCAAAGCUACAUUGUUAAGGAGGGAGACCCAAUUGAUGCGGUAUUCUUGAUUACGUAUGGCAUUGCAUGGACCUAUCCAAGCAGUAAUAAUGGUGAAGGAAAGCAUGUUGAGUGUCUUGAGAAAGGUCACUUCUUUGGAGAAGAACUUCUUGAAUUGCUUUGGAAUCCUUCCUCUGUCAACGUGUUUAACCUAUCCAAACUCCCCGUUUCCUCCAAAACCCUCAAAACCCACACGAAAGUGGAAGUCUUUGCUUUGAUGGCCAACGACUUGAAGGAUAUUGUCGUAGCUUCCACUCAAGGAAUCUUGCUCCACGAUCAGAAUCCAGUAGAGCUUGAUGUUGUUGUUGAAUCCAAGGAAGCUUCUAUUUAAUUUACAUUGAGUUCGGUGCUGCAAUCAACCAAGUGUUGGUGCUUCAAGAAAACUUCUGAAUCUAGUAGUACUUGACAUUGUUGUUGAAAAGCAAUGGAUUGUUUUGAUGUCUUUCCUAUAUAAAGAUUUGUUUUUGGAGUAAUACUACAGACACAAACUAUUUUAUAACAUUUUGUAAAAAUGUUGAUGUAGUCAAUUUCUUAUUGGUUUUCA